CCAGAUCCGCUUCACCGAGCUGCCCAGGCAGCUGUACCCCGAUGGGGCCACUCCCGAGGAGAUCACUCGGCACAGCAUGGACCUCAGCUACGCCCUGGAACGGGUGAUGGAGCAGCGCUAUCCCGGCCGCCCGCUGGAGCUGCUCGGUGAGCUGCAGUUUGCUUUCAUUUGCUUCCUCAUUGGGAACGUGUACGAUGCCUUUGAGCACUGGAAAAGACUCCUGAACAUCCUGUGCCGAUCUGAAGAUGCCAUAGGGAAGUACCAAGACCUUUACAUCAAUCUCAUUUCUGUGCUGUAUCACCAGCUCAAUGAAAUCCCAGCAGAUUUUUUUGUGGACAUUGUCUCCCAGGACAACUUUUUAACCAGCACGUUACAGGUGCUCUUUUCCUGCAUGUGCAGUGCUGCUGUUGAUGAGACUCUAAGGAAGAAGGCUGAAAAGUUCAAGGCUCACCUAACGAAGAAGUUUAAAUGGGACUUUGAGGCAGAGCCUGAUGACUGUGCUCCUGUUGUGGUGGAGCUGCCUGAGGGGGUGCAAGUGGACUGAGCCAAAUGCUCCCUUGGCAGCAAACAGCUUUAAAAAUAACUCAUUCCUUCUCUUCUCCAGCCGUGCCAGCUUCCUGAAUGCAGUUUCUGAAGCUAAUCUUCUUUCUGCUGUAGAACACAGGAGGAUGCUGAACUUUGCGAGGAGAUCAGUUGUUGGAGGAGUUUGAGAGUUGUCACAUGGACACCUUGUUUUUUUCCCCAGCUCCUCUGUAACAGCUCCUCAUAGAAUACAAAUUCAAUACAAAUUCAAAGAAUCAUUUAAGUUGAAAAAGACCUUUUAGGAUCAUCAAGUCCAACCAUAAAUCUAACACUGCCAAGAUCAUCCUGCACUCAGCUGACUGGGCUCGUGUUACAGGGGUGUGACGACGACUGUUUCACUACUGUGUCAGAUGCUCAUGCUGCUCACUGUGAUUUGUCUGUUGUGGAAGAGGACUCAAAGCCUCAGCAAAAUUCCUCCCAUUGCAUACCCCUAACACUGAGGUAUCUUAUUCCUCCCAUUCUGUUAAAACCUUUUGUAUUUACUGCUGAUGCUCUGUUUUGCCUGAGGUAAAAGAAAGUGAACAGUUUUGUGAUGAGAAAUAAUUAUUGGACUGUAGUCACCCAGGUCUUGAAGAACAGAGCCAGCAAGAUUUAAAGAUCAGAUUUCCACAUGAACUGGAGCCUCUAUUUUGUUGUAAUUGGAAAUCUUAUAUAUUUUCCCUGGUGACAGUCUCUUCUUUGUCCCCAGUUCCCAGGGACAGGCUGUAAGAAGCUUGCGUUGUUUCUGCAAACCUGCACAGGGUUGUACCAGUCAGUUGUUACUUCCUUGGCUGUCACCCUCAGGAAUUCAUCUGUGUGCAUGUUGAACAGGAUAACGCUCUUUGUUAGUCUUUUGUCAUUUAAAAUAAAUCUCAAAAGAGCCUUGUCUACAGAAAA